GAUGUUUACGUUCUCCUACUUCCGUAGCUGCCUGGAGCGGAAUAACGUUACCAAUCUGACUUUAAAUCCAAAAAAACGGCAAGAAACUCUCGGUCAUGUCUCUUAUUUUCAGUUUAAGUGUGAGAGAUGCUUAUGAGAUGGACAUAAAUCAGGUGGUUUGCUGUCCACUGUAGGCGCUGUAUCGCGAGUUUUUCCUCGUCAUUCAUCGCAGGCAAAGCUAAAGCUAGCGGUGUGUUAGCAGCGCGUCCACGGCGCAGUGGGCAUAGUUUAAUAAAUCAUCGCCUGAUCCGCACUUUGUCCAGUGUUAAUUUAGAUAUCAAGCAAGGCAGUCAUGGCCACUAGGCGUCUGACCGAUGCCUUCUUGUUAAUGCGGAACAAUGCGAUCCAAAACCGGCAGAUAUUGGCUGAGCAAGUGAGUACAUACGACCCCCGUCUGAGUACACGUAGCAAUGCUGCGGAGCUUGACGAGUUGGCUGAUGACCGAAUGGCCCUGGUGUCUGGGAUCAGUCUGGAUCCGGAAGCUGCCAUCGGAGUCACCAAGAAACUGCCUCCCAAAUGGGUAGAGGGGGUUGAUGAGAUCCAGUAUGAGAUCACACGUGUUCGGCAGAAGAUGAAGGAACUGGCCUUACUUCAUGACAAGCACAUGAACCGUCCAACGCUGGAUGACAGUAGUGAAGAAGAACACGCCAUAGAAAUCACUACUCAAGAGAUCACACAGAUGUUUCAUCGAUGCCAGCGAGCUGUGACGGGUUUGCAGGCCCGCUGUGGCCACUGCACCGAGCAGGAGGAGAGACUCUUGAGAAACGUGGUCUCGUCUCUGGCACAGAGCCUGCAGGAUCUCUCCAUCAAUUUUAGGCACACGCAGUCCGGCUACCUAAAACGUAUGAAGAAUCGUGAGGAAAGAUCGAAGCACUUUUUUGACUCAGGGCCCUUAAUGGAAGAAGAUGAAGAUUUAGCUCUAUAUGAUAAGGGCUUCACAGACGACCAGUUGAUGCUGGUGGAGCAGAACACAGUCAUGGUUGAAGAACGAGAGCGGGAGAUCCGACAAAUAGUGCAGUCCAUCUCAGACCUGAACGAGAUUUUCCGGGACUUGGCUGGAAUGGUGGUGGAGCAGGGCACCGUUCUUGAUAGAAUCGACUUCAACGUGGAGCAGGCUUGUGUUAAAACAGAAGAUGGAUUGAAACAGUUACAAAAGGCAGAACAGUACCAGAAGAAAAACCGAAAGAUGCUGGUCAUUUUGAUCCUCUUUGUCAUAGUCAUUGUUCUAAUUAUUAUUCUUUUUGGAACAAAGUUUUAAUUAUGCAUUCCUCUGGCUUUUGUUUUCUGUCUGAGUGUUUGUUGUGCAUCUGUGUGGACUUGGACUCGAUUCUACUCUAAAGAAAUGUGACUGCCUUUCAUACCAACCAGGAAACGUCAAGAAGUAUUCCACGUCUAUGCGGGCGCACUUUGGGCUUCACGGAGAUGUUUUUUGGUUGAUUUUAAUGAAAGAAACAAUCGACAGCUUGUUCGAGCUGUGGCUAUUUUAUCAAAUGACUGCCAAGACGGCGACAGACGUCUGUCGACCCAAACGUGCAGACAUAUGUGUCUUAACAAAAGAAAACACUUUGUGGUGUAUGAAAACGGACUACUAAUGUUAAGUUGCUUAUGCAGAGCCUUCUUAAAGCACGAAUCAUGAUGUUGUGCAAAGACACAUCAUUCCUGUCGAAUAUCAUCAUACUUCUUUAGCUUGUCAGGGGGAGAUUGGACAAGAAUGAAUGUUUUGGGGGGAAAACAUGCAGUAGGUCCAAUUUUACUGCUAAUUCAUUUUCAUCUCUAUUACACUUACGUCCUGGCUCAGUAUUUUACCUUGAAAGACUAAAGGAGAAUGUUUUGUAUUAGGGCAGUCCCAGAUAAAAUUAGAAUAGCCAUUCAGUACCAAAUAUAUUCCUUUGGUUUAAGGACCAGCUGUUUUUUUUUGUUUUUUUUUACACCAUACUUUAAUAUUGAGGUCCUGUUAGCCCACUGUUGGCCUGAGGAGGGUGCACACAGCCGUGCUUCCUCCAAUUCAUCCUGUAAUUUUAAAACCAUACCAUGUCACACUGGCUGCACUUUUUAUGAAGUGCUCAUUUUAUAAAACACUUGUUUUUGUUUUCCAUGGUCCUUGCAUAAAGUGCUACCUUUUUUAAACUCUUGCAGUUUGCACAUAUUGAGGCCUGAGAGGGAGGGGGUUGUGUUAUGGAUGUAAUACUACUGUCAUCUGUAUGAUAAGAAGAAUUAUUUAUUUUCUAAUAACUACAAAUAAUCCAGAGGUGUUCUGUGUCUGGCAGAUGUGCUGUAUAUUGAGUAGAGUGUAUGUGUAGCCUGAACCCAGCAGUUAUUGUCCACUCCACUGAGGAAACUGUGAUGUAGUCCAACACGAGCAGACAUCUGAAGACAGCAUUAUGAUUCUUUCUUUUGUUUCUGAUCGGACGCAUUACAUUUCUUUUGGCUGUGUUGGAUUUUCUUUACAUGUUCUUGUGUUCUAUAAAGACUGAUAAGCUGAAAUGAUGAAGAGCUUUAUUCAACAUAUCUGUAAUCGACUCCACACUUUAUACACCUGUCAAAUCAUCUUUGUCAUUGAUGUGAAGUUGUGUGUGAAAAAAAAAGGUUAUGUCCUAGUGGUACUUCACUUAAAUAUUGUUUUCCAAACAAAGGAGGAUGAGAAUGAGGAGACAGCAACCUUUUUUGUUUUUUUUUUAAUAAACCUGGAACAUAA